CAUAUACCAUAUAAUACCAUAUAAUACUAUCAUCAAGAAAUCAUAUUCCAUAAACCGGAAUAAAGCCAUGCGUGCUUACCAACACACUCACCAAAAUAUACCCUCGUACGCCACCAGCUGCACUAGCCUGGCAUUCUUAUCUCUUCAAAGGAUACUGUUCCAUCAUACGCGCACCCUUGCCCGGCUCUAGCAUAUAGUCUGUUGCCCCACAGAAAGCAACACAUACAAGAAAAAAAAAAACUUAAAAUGGGCAACACACCAUUCUACUCCAAAAUAAAAGACUAUCAAGAGCCUUGUAAUUUGUCGUGGGAUUCCAAUGACGUGCUCGCACCGGCCGCAGGCUUCACCAAGCCAAGUACCGGGCCUGCCCGUCGCAUGCGCGUAGCACUAUAUAGAACGUAUAUCUGCAAACGGACCCCCACGUUUCCAGCCACCACCCCAAGAAAUGCCGCAAAUAACGCCGAUCCGCGGCUUCACCAACACCCCCGUGACCAAGGCGGUGUGUACCGCGUCGAUUGUGUUUGCCCUUGCGCUUCUGGUGCUCGUGCUGAAACAGUAUGUAAAUCUCACCAUAGACCCGUUCAUAGUCACGUACUCGCAAUACUGGCGUGUGGCCACGUUCCAGUUUUCGGUGGUGAACGAGUCCGACCUCAUACUCACCAUUGUGCUCUGGUUCCAUUUCAAGACGCUUGAGCGGCUUUUCGGGCCCCGCAAGUACUUUUCGUUGGUCACGCUUCUAGCGCUCUACAACGCAGUGGGGACAUUCCUCACGCUUUGCAUCGGACAACUCGCCACUGUGUAUUUUGCCGCCGUGGCCCGCCGUUUUGUGUCUGGCCAGCCCAUGCAGCUUGUGUACUAUGACACGAUAUUUAACUCCGUCGUGCCUGGUCCGUUGGGCAUCUUGGCACUGCUAUAUAUCUGCCAUGGCACGUACAUCCCCGUGCUGUACCGCUUCAAGAUCUUGUUGAAAAGGCCCGUAAACACCCCAGGCCCGAGCCUCGGCGCCGAUAAUGGCCUGCUGGAAAACGGGGGUAAGGCCAUCACGCUCACCAACCAUUUUCAGGUCCAUUUCGUGUUCACACUUCUCAUGCUAAACCACGGCUUCAAGUCGCUCCUUCCGGUCCUUGUGGGCGUUGUCAUCGGACUCUUGUACACGAAAGAUCUUCUUUUGGGCUCGAGGUCCUGGGUGUUGCCAUCCAUGGUGUUUCAGCUCCUUGUGGCGCCUCACAAGUUGCCGCGUACUAUCCGUACGUUGGCCCGGAGAUGGCAGGGCUACCAGCGUGUGGCCGAGACAGAAAUUGAGCCGCUGCCCACAGUGGCAGAUGAGACUGUGAAUCAGGCAGACGAGGACGAGCUGGAGGUGGCCAUCGACGACUUGGCGCACCGGCUGGAGGUAGGCGGAACCCGUUCUACGAGCCCGGUACGGCCGCUUGGUCGGCAGUUUCUCGACACUUUCAGAACAUGAUUGGAGGCGUACGAACGGAAGAAAUUUGGGCACAUACAGGCCGAAGCCUCUGGUACCAAGUUGAUCUUGAAUCCAGAGACGGUGUUUAGCAAGCGCAGUCUGUGCCUGCUUCUUUGCUGGCCACGCUUCGGAAGCUUCUCAUACAAAAGCCCA